UCGGAAAGCAGGAUCACCUUCGUCAUUGUCACCAUCAAUGGCACACGAGAGAACUAAAUACGAAAUAACAUAGGCCUGUAAACCUACACAUCCGUUUGUUCCUUGUCUAAAUUUGCCGUUAAACAUUUGCCGUCUAGGCUAUAUAAAGUUAUACAAAUGAACGGAAAUAAACGUUGAGCCAUUGGUCAGCUUAUUACAUUCAUUUAAAAGAAACAACUCCAUGCGAAUUUACUUGCGAUAUUAGCUAACAAAUACUGAAAUUCAAAUGAAAUAUAAACAUAAAAUAUCAGUGAAGAUACCUGUAUAUUAAUUCGCUAAGCUAACGCGAACCUCUGUCAGCAUUUACACAGAUAAAUACACUUAAAACUCUACUAAAGUUAAUGAACACACAUAUACCUCAUUGGCUGUUACGGAAGGGGUUUAACCUUUUUCUUAAACCUUUUACUCAUUUGUUCAUACUUUGAAACUUACAUACAAUUUACCAAGUAGGCCUAAUAUUGCUUUGUAAGGCGUAUUCACCAGGAAAUUCAGACCAAGAUAAAACUUAAUUAUUACGGGUAUAGGCAUAGCCUGCCUAUCGCUACAAGCAAUAACCGAUUUCAUGCUUUCCCUGCUGUACCGUGUACCCAAAAACCGAGGUCUGUACCAGAGUGUUAAUUUUGUGAACCGUUACACCAUAUUACAGCCAUGUAAUUUUCCACCCGCAUAGGGAAAAUUUUAUUGUGGCCUGUACGUGGACCUCAUAGCUUUGUGCACUGGAAUUUGUUACACCAAAUAGCUGUAAAAUCAAAAGCCUAACAACCACUGAAAGCACACUUAACUGCAAAGAUUCUCAUUUUAGGGUAGGUUUAUUGGCCUUUAAAAACAAAUGCUGCAAAUUAUAUGUGAAUCCUAUUUACGCGUCCGCCUGGUAAUUGUUUAUAGUGAAAUAAACCAAACAAUGACUCUUCAUCUAGUCCAUGCAUCAGCUUCUCCGUCAGAAGCCAAUUGUUUUUAUUUUAGCUGUGAAUUCUGGGAUUCUGUGCAACUACACUGACAAAGAAAUUACGUAAAAAUAAUUUAAUGCAAACCGAUACAUCCGUGUUUUUUUCUUAAUGCAAUACGUGAGUUUUUCAAAACAAAACAAACUAGAAAGCAUGACGUUUAAAAAGUUCCGCGAUCUAGAACAUAAAAGUACAAUGAUGACGUAUAAAUACAGAGCUAGAUAAAACUGAGGCAGUCCUGUCCUAAUCAUCUCCCUGGUCGGCAGCAGUAUUGCGAUGGAUGAGACUUCUCCUCGUGGGUGCGGCUCCCUUAUAAAGAGGCCUUACACGGCCCUUUGUGACUUGGACGCAGUGUGGGGUGUGGCGGUGGCGUCGGCGGCUGGCGGGGCAGCCCUGGCCUCAAUGAUUCUGGCGCUGGUGCUGCUGUGCCGCCUGCGAAAGAUCAUGCAGGAUCACAGCAGGGUGGCGCCACUGCUCCUGCUCCUUGCUGCUGUCAUCGGGCUCUGCGGCCUUAGCAUUGCGUUCCUUAUUGAGCGCAAUGAACCCCUCUGCAUCGCCCGGCGUGCCUUCUGGGGAGUGCUGUCCUCCCUGUCUUUUGCAUGCCUGGUGGCCCAGUGUGUGCGGCUGCACAGACUGGCACGGGGUGCUCGUAGCCCCAGUGGCGGUGCCUUGGUGGGGCUAGCGGUGGCCUUGGCUGUACUGGACCCUGAGUGGAUGACACUGACUGAGAUGCCUCAGGGUCUGGAGGCCUGCCAGUACAAGCCACUGGACCUGACAGUGGCUUGUACCUACGUGCUGGUCCUCCUCCUAUCGGCGCUGGUGGGUGCGGCCUAUGGUCUGUGCAGAGGGCAGCCGCAGUUGAGACGCAGCGCUGUGUGGCUACUCCUCACCUGCCUGGCCUCUGCCCUGCUGUGGGCCGCCUGGCUCACCUUUUUCCUGUAUGGAAGUGCGGAGCUUGGCCUGUCCUCCAUCUGGGAUGACCGGGCACAGGCGGUGGUGCUGGUGGCACAGUCCUGGCUGCUGCUUCUGCUGCACGCCGCUCCCGAGGCCCACGCCACCUUGCAGUCCCCACUCCGCAUCAGGGAGGCCACCAUUGAGGAGGGUAUUCCUCUGCCCCACCUAACCGUGUCCCAGGGCGUGCCAAUCCUUCACAGCACCUCAGCUCCUUCUGGAAGUCAGCAGAAUGGCAGCGUAUGAACAGGGCCCAGCGCUGCCUGCUGUAGCAUGAUGACCAGAGUUCUGUGAAGGAUUAUUUCUUUUUUUGUAAUGUCAUAUCCACAAUGAAUGAAAUCUUUC